GGAAGCAAGACAUUGAACAAAAAAGGGAGGACAGUGGUCUCUCUUCAAAUCUCCAAAAAAUAAAACAAGACUGAGAGGAGGAAGGGGAUAAAACGGACACAAUGACAACAUCCACAAAAGAAGGCGGCUGUGCACAGUAUGUGGGACCAUACCGUCUAGAGAAGACACUGGGAAAAGGGCAGACAGGGCUGGUAAAGCUGGGGAUUCACUGUAUUACAGGACAGAAGGUUGCAAUAAAGAUCGUGAACCGGGAGAAGUUGACUGAAUCGGUCCUCAUGAAGGUGGAGCGGGAGAUUGCCAUUCUGAAGCUGAUCGAGCACCCACACGUGCUGAAGCUCCAUGAUGUAUACGAAAAUAAGAAAUAUUUGUACUUAGUGUUAGAACAUGUGUCCGGAGGGGAAUUGUUUGAUUACCUUGUCAAGAAGGGGAGAUUGACACCAAAAGAGGCUCGCAAAUUCUUCCGACAAAUUCUAUCAGCACUGGAUUUCUGCCACAGUCACUCGAUAUGCCACAGAGACCUGAAGCCAGAGAACCUACUCCUGGACGAGAAGAACAACAUUCGCAUCGCGGACUUUGGAAUGGCUUCACUGCAGGUUGGCGACAGUCUCCUGGAGACCAGCUGCGGGUCUCCACAUUAUGCCUGUCCAGAAGUCAUCAGGGGGGAGAAGUACGAUGGCCGUCGGGCAGACGUGUGGAGCUGCGGUGUGAUACUCUUUGCACUCUUGGUGGGAGCUUUGCCGUUUGAUGAUGACAACCUCCGACAGUUGUUAGAGAAGGUGAAACGAGGGGUCUUCCAUAUGCCGCACUUUAUUCCGCCCGACUGCCAGAAUUUACUGCGGGGCAUGAUCGAAGUGGAUGCAGAGAAACGCCUCUCACUGGAACAGAUUCAGAAGCACUCCUGGUAUCAAGGCGGGAAAAAUGAGCCAGAACCGGAGCAGCCGAUCGCGCGGAAGGUGAUGAUCCGGAGGCUGCAGUCUGUGAGCGACAUUGACCCGGACGUCCUCGACAGUAUGAACUCGCUUGGCUGUUUUAGAGACAAGAACAAGUUGAAACAGGAUCUCCUGUUUGAGGAAGAAAACCAGGAGAAAAUGAUCUACUUCCUGUUGCUAGACAGGAAAGAGCGGUAUCCGAGCUGUGAGGAUGAGGAUUUGCCACCCCGGAACGACAUUGACCCUCCCCGGAAGCGGGUUGACUCGCCCAUGCUGAAUCGUCAUGGUAAACGGCGGCCCGAGAGGAAGUCGAUGGAGGUGCUGAGCGUGACGGACGGUGGUUCCCCGGUGCCCGCUCGCCGCGCCAUUGACGUGGCCCAACACAGUCAGCGCCCCCACCCCCAUGAAACGGUGAGACAUCCCGAGUGCAGGCGUCGGGGUUACUUUGCGAGCGUUUUCUCUUUGAUUUGCAAUCCUCUCUCCACGUGCCGGGUGUUGGACGCUGCUGAAUCGCUGCUGUUCUUGUUGUUCUUGUUCUCGUUCACUUCACGUGACUGUUCCUCUCAUGACAUUCAGCCCAUUCGUAAGUUCUCUGUCCCUCCUCAGAGCCCUGUCUUUAGCUUCUCGCCCGCCUCACCUGAGCACGACACUUGUCAGGACUUCUCGCCGCAGCCCGGUACCGUGUGGCAGUCGAAACUCGCGCACCAACACCACCAGCACCGUCCGCCUGACCCCAAGACGCAAACCCUGCCAGCCAAGGCUAGUCUGAGCGAGAAGCCAUUGCAACCCAUCCGCUCCAACCCUCUGCCCAUCAACCUGGCUGCCACCUCUCCUUCCCAGAGCCCACCAUGCCACCACCCCUCUGUGCCAUCUCCACUGCACCACUCCAUCCCCCCACCCUCCUUCAUUCCCUCUCCCCCCGCUCGAUUUUUCCCAGGUACUAAAACGAGCGCCAAAUCUAUCCCUGCCACACAGGUGACCCCUCACCCCUCCCCUAGAGGCAGCCCCCUCCCCACCCCGCUGGGAACCCCCGUCCACACGCCAAAGGAGAGCCCCACCAGCACGCCCACCGUGACCCCGCCGUCCAGCCCCGGGGUCGGAGGAGUGCCCUGGAGGACCCGCCUUAACUCCAUCAAGAACAGCUUCCUCGGCUCGCCCCGCUUCCACCGGAGGAAGCUGCAAGACGACACUCCAAAAACAGUUCCCUCUCUGUUGGAGGAGUCUGGCCCUGAACUCGCUAAGAAGUCGUGGUUUGGAAACUUCAUUAACCUGGACAAAGAGGAACAAAUAUUCGUUGUCAUUAGAGACAAGCCUUUGAGCUCAAUCAAAGCAGACAUUGUGCACGCCUUCCUCUCAAUUCCCAGUUUGAGUCACAGCGUUAUCUCUCAGACGAGUUUCCGUGCGGAGUACAAAUCGGUUGGCGGUCCAACCGUCUUCCAGAAACCUGUGAAGUUCCAAGUGGAUAUCACGUAUGCAGAAGGGAGUGAAGCACAGAAGGAGAAUGGGAUUUAUUCUGUCACGUUCACAUUAAUGUCAGGGCCCAGUCGCAGGUUUAAGAGAGUUGUGGAAACAAUCCAGGCACAAUUAUUAAGUGCCCACGAUCAACCCUUGGUUCAGGCACUUGCAGAUGAAAAGAACGGCCAAUUUAGCCAUCCUUCAGGAACUCCAAUCCGAGGCGCCCAAAGCAUGCCCAGAGCGUGGAACGAUUCAGAGUCCGUGGAGCAUUUCAAACGAGGUGACUCCAAACAUUCAUCCUCCUUGAAAGAGAAACCCAAGCUUUUAUCUUCCAAUGGCACACAAAGUCAACCGUAAUAAAAAUCGAGCAAAAAAAUAACAAUUGGAAAAUGAGGCAUCUCACACAGUGUUUGUGAGGAUGUAAAUAUCUUUAAACAUGAAGGAAAAAUGGAACGGAAUAUGACCUCUAUAGUCCCAUUUCAUUUUAUUAUUUAAAGAUUUAAGGGCCACUACCUGAGGUGUGGGCCUCUGCCUUCUGAGUUGACUUACCCAUGAUGCUCAUAUUUGCUUCAGGAAAUCAUGGGACCUGUUUCCACAGUAACCGUAUUCAACCCAGUAUAUCAGCAGACUGAUGGUUUCGAGGCUUUUAUGUCUCUACAAACCUUCCCCAUGCAAACUCCACGCACCCUCCCACUGGAAGAAGGGAAUGUGGGUCGCGAGUGAAAACCGCUUCCCGCUCAGAUCCAAAGCGGAUCCAGCCAGGAAAUUUAGCGGAAUCCUCGUCCGGUUUGCAUCCAGCACUUUGUAGCCUUGUGGAUCGGAUCGGUUCACAUGACAGUCAAAGGAAAAGCGAGUACUUUUAUACAGUUAUUUCCCACUUUAUUGUCGACACAACGGGCUGCUUGAACUAGUCCUGUUUUAUGCAAAUAUCGCCCACACAAGAGGCUUCAACAGCGACUUAUAGGAUACAGCGCAACCGAAGCACAAACCAUCAUUCAAUACUACUAUUAAUUCAACGGCUUUGAAAGUUCAAGUAAAAAUUCUCUUUUGAAAACUCAUGAAAUAUUUCAACAGUUAACCGCCGUCUCCAUCCCUGACUUUGCGUCACUGUUUGUGGAGAAACUCACUCCCAGAACGUUGUGUUUAUGUCAUUGUACAGGCGGCAACUUUACUUUCUGCUCUGCUUCUGCCACGAUUGUGGACAAGCUUCCCAUUACAAGUGAACCCGGGGUGCCUCUGUUAUUUAUGAUACAGUGAUGGCUAUGUGCUGCAGCUCAGCAUUCCGAAUGUCUUUAGAGUACAGACUGUUUAUAUUGGAACAUUAGGCCUCAUCUCUGGCCUCUUUUGUGUUCUGGACCAGAAUGUAAGAAUAUGGUGACAAAGCACAGGAAUUGGGGCUAGAAAUGAGUUUGGUCUCAUACGAUGAUUAGGAUCAGGAGGUGGCCAUUCAGCUCCCUGUCCUGCCAUUCAUUUAGAUCACCUCUUCCAACUUGGGAGCUCCAGGAGGCUUUUUUAACAUCCUGUUC